GUGAGAAGUACCUAUCUUAACUGCGACAUCUUAUUAAAUGUCCUAACUAUAGAAGAAGCAUAUCUGACCUGCAUUUGAAUAUUGAACUCCAAGGUAUAUAGAUGGAUUGAAAUCAGUACAUUUUUAUGACAAAAUUUUUAAAGGAUCAAGGAAUGAAGAAAUGUCCACUGCGGCAAGAAAACAGAAGCAACUUAAUGAGUGUCUGCUAUGGGCUGCUGACAAAAACGAUACUGAGAAGCUGAAGUUUUAUUUGAAGGAAGGAGCCACAGUUGACAAGUCUGACCUAUACAGAAGAACAAGUCUAAUAAAAGCCACACAGUAUGGUAACUUGGAUUCUUUUGAAAGUUUGGUUUGUCAAGGUGCUUCUGUAGAUAGAGCUGAUGUUGAUGGCGAGACAGCAUUAAUUCAUGCUUCCUACAAAGGUUGCUUUGAUAUCAUGUGUCGUUUGAUAGAACUUGGAGCAGACGUAAAUCACAGAAAUAAAAAUGAUGAAACACCAAUAUACAUAACUAGUAAAUAUGGUCACUAUGACUGUGUACGUAGACUUGUUAUGGUUGGUGGCGACUAUACUGUACACAGUAAGUUUAAAAAGACAGCCUUGGAUGUAGCUAUUGAAUCAUUAUGCAAAACGAAAAAACUGAAAAAAGAAGAAAAAUGCAGACAGUUGGAAAGAAUUGUUGAACUACUGAGCGAUGCUGAUGGGAUAAAGGCCCUACGGAAGCAAGAGAAAAUGUUUACUUUAACACCAGAAGAAUUUCGAAUCUGCCUCGAAAAAAGCGAAUACCGUCCAUCUGAUGUAAGCGUACGGGUGAUUGGAUUAAAUGACCGUUCUGCUAUGGUUGUUAUGCGUGCUCUCAUUCGUCAGUCAACUUACUCUGAUAAAGAUGUAGACAUUGAAAACGGAAUAAAUAUCUAUAAUGGAAUGUGUGAAAUGAAUAUUGAAAGUGGAGAAUGGAUAACACACGAAAAAAUUUCAGAUGCGGAAUUAGUUCACAGACAGAUGGGAGAGGUCGUCCGACACUAUGUCAACACACAUGAUUUCAAAACAGAAGCAGAGAACGAGAAAUGCCUCAAAGCAAAUAAACAGUCUUAUCUGUUUAGAAGUAACACUGUCUAUGCUCCAGAACUGCAGCUAAAACCAUUCAGUCUUAGUCCUCAUUUAAAUGGUCUGCAUAACAGUAGUAGUAGUAAUUUACUGUUGCAAAGGUCUACAACAUCAACUAGUUUAUAUUCCCUUAAAUCUGAAAGGAGCGUCGUGUCACUGGGUAAUAUGGAUAUCUCCAUGCCAUCAGGUGAUAGCGUCAAUUCUUUCGAUGCAGCUGAACGUGUUCCUAGUGAUGGCGCUCAAGUAAAAUUUAAGCAGUUCGUAUCAAAUACUAAGAAAAAAUUUGCAAAAGCGGCACAAACAAUACAACAGAAAAUGGAUACGAUAAUACAUGGAGAAAUGUCAGAAACCGUAAAUCUAGAUCCUAAAGUGGCAUUAGUGAAAAACAGAAAGCAGGUUUAUGAAACAUUCGAACAUGUAAAGCGAACAAUGAAUACAGAUAAUAGUAAUCUAGCAUCAAUUUCUCUGUGCUCACUAUCAACAAAAUUUGAAUUCGCAGCAGCCCAUAAGUUUUUGUUUACGUCAAGUGCAAUAUAUAUUGUUGUUCUAGAUUUAGAUAUCGAUAUCGAUAGAUUUUGUUCUGUUUUGUCUGAAAUCAACACUCCUGUGACAAAUAGAGAUUAUAUAAAAUACUUGAUGGAUACAAUUACUGGACGGAAUGAAGAUUUAACUGACGACAUGUUUUCUAAAAUGGUUUUUGUUGUUCUGAAUUGCGGAUCGAAUGAAGAGGAGGCAACUAAAGAUGGUUCUGGAUUGCUGAAGACGAUUACAGACAUUGUAGAUAACACAGACAUGUGUGAUUACGUUAUUAUUGACAAUGAGCUAGAGUUCACAUUUGAGGAUUUAUAUACUGAUAAAAUUGUCAAACUCACUCAACAUAUUUCCUCUAUAGCAUGCAAAACUAUUGAGGCGAGGGCACCUGUGCCAGCAACAUGGCUUUCCUUACAAGAUGUUAUUAUUUCAACCAGGAAGAGUAGUGCUGGGAUCAUCAACCAUAGAGAUGCAGUAGAACUCUGCGUCAAUCAAGCCAAGCAUAUUACAGUGCCAACAAAGCUAGAUGUAGAAAAAUUCUUAAAAUAUCAAACUCGAAACGGAAAUAUACUUAGUCUACCAUCAGAUGACACUCUAAACAACAUUUGUGUAGACGUUUCUAUUCUUUAUCAAUUAGUUAUAUUUUUCAAUCAUGUGUCAAUAAUGUUAGGUAAUGAUAAAUACGAAUGUGCGCCUCUUCAUGAUAAACUGAAGAUUGUGAGUGAAGGUUAUGUCGAUAAAAGUAUCACCAAGUGUUACAUCUCAGCAAAUGAUUCGCUAUUUCAUAUAACAUGUUUACUCUAUUUAGCAUCAACCAACUCAUGUAGACUGCAGUCAAGUUCGCAUCACACCGAAUUGUUUCUAUCAUCAUAUAUGAAAGAGAUGGCACCCGAUGGACUUGCGUUGCAGUUUAGAAAAUUUGAUCAAAGUGCAUGCGUUGCAUAUAGACUAAGAAAUUGCAUUCAAAUUUCGUUAAUUUUCAAACAGUUAUCGUGUGCACUGUUUGAUGUAUUUCCUUUCAAACGAAUUCAUGGCAAGCCGAUUGUAUUUAAGAAUUUCGUUGCAUUUACCAUAGACACAUUAUAUUGCUUAAGUAUUAUCAAUGAUGCCGACAUGAUAAUUUUACACGUAACUAGAAAUACUUCUGAUAAACCAACUCAAAGUUCUUCAAAAGCUGAAAUCUGCAGUAGCAUUCACGAACUAACGGUAUACACAUUAAAACAAAUAAUAAACGUAUUUACAAAUAAGAAUCAAUUGAAAAAAGAAGAACUGUGCGUGGAAUUUGAAACUUGUAAUCUCACACCUCCCUGUUUUGUUGCCUCGACAAAACUGGAGCAAAUCGAUUCGUAUACAUGUAGAAUACAUGGGACGUUUGUGGAUCCACAAGAAAUACUCAGUGUAUGGAACCUUACACGCCAGACAUGUUCAAUGAUAGAUGUAGACAAGUGCAACACUUCAUGUGAAGGCUUGAAUGCUCAGUCUUUGACAGAAACUGCCACCGAUUCAGAUCUCAGCAGAAUGAUAAGAAGAAUGUCACCUAGUUCUAGACGAAGAAUUUUGAAUUCACUGACAGCAGAGGUUAUAGUGCAUACCAGUUCAAAUAUAGAUACUCAGUUACUAUUAACCUUAAUCGGUUGGAGAAAUACGGCAAAACAAUUAACAAUGAAGGAUCUGCAGAAAAAACUGAUCAAUUGUGGUGAACAAAAACACAUUCUGUGCAUGAUACACAGAGAUACUAACAGUGACCAUGGGAUAUGUAAGUCAGAUAAGAUUGACAGGUUACGGGAGGUUACUUUAUCCCCUCUUUUGCUGAAUCAGUUGGCUGUUAGGUUGUUGACAAGGAGUUUGUAUUUGGCGCUUGAGCUAGGACUGGAUGUUGUGGAAUACAACAAAAUUCUACAGCAAAACAGAAAUAAUCCUGUGAAAACAACACGCGAAAUACUUUUACUUUGUCAACACAAAACAUUGGAUAAUAUUCUACGGAUCUGCCAAGAAAUAGGAAUAAAUGGAAACGGUUUAGACGAAAUAGCUUCACUGCUAUCAAACACGGGUCAGUUGUAGAUAUCUCGUUCAGUUUUCGUUCACCCAUCUCACCUGCAGUCUCCAUAGACGGUUUCAGACUUAUUCAUACUAACUGCAAGCUUUGGAAUUGGUUAUUACGACCCAUCCUAAGCCUUUGAUUUUUUUUUGUGUAUUUCCAGGAAACCAUCAUCAUAAAGACAAGUUUUACAUAUUCUGUAUUAUGGACAGUAUGAAAGAGCCGCGAAAAUACAAACAGAAUUUAGCGUCUUCGAAAUUUGACAUUAAAUUGUCUCCAGAAGCAUUUUAAAGAUCCGCUAUAAGUAUAUAUAUAAAAAGGCAACAGUAGUA